GUAAGUUGUGACUUUUAGCAUUUUUUUUAUUGGCUCUUCAAUGUUCCAGCUUUAGCAGAAAGUUACGUGUCUGUGUUUCUUCUCCAUUUUCAGUUCCUUUGGAAGCUCAGACUCCAUCACCGUCUUUGCAUUUUCAAUCGGUCAGCGUCGGCUCAAAUGUGACUUUAAAGUGUUUCUAUAAAGAAACUGAUGGAGUGAUUUUCUACUGGUAUAAACAAACUCCAGGGCAGAAACCACAGCUGAUGUCAGAGUUUUAUAAAUAUAAGAGAAAUGGCUCACUUACGGGUGAAUUUUGCAAUGAUCCACGAUUUGAGCUGGAAACUGGCAAAGAUAAAAACCACUUGAGGAUCUCCAAUGUGCAAAUGUCAGACUCUGCUACUUACUACUGUGCAGGAGUUCAUACAUAUCUGUAUACAUUUCUAGAGGGCAUUACAGUCCAUGUAAAAGAACCAAAUCUGAACAUUUGGACCUUGGUCGAUCAGUCCAGAUCUGAGAUCAUCCAGCCAGGAGGUUCUGUGACUCUGAAGUGUACGGUACAAAGCGGGACCUGUGAUGGGCAACACAGAGUUUUCUGGUUCAGAAACUCUGAAGAACACCUUCCAGAGAUCAUUUACACCAAUGGAGCCAGUGAUGACCAGUGUAAGAAGAAGCCAACCACACAGGCACACAGCUGUGUGUACAGCCUAUCCAUAGAGAGUCUGAACGCGUCCAAUGCCGGGACCUACCACUGUGCCGUUGCCUCAUGUGGACACAUUCUGUUUGGAAAGGGGAUGCAGCUGGACUAUGAGAAAAAGUCUGACUCCCCUGUCCUGCUGUACGUCUUGAGUGGAGCUUUAGCAUUCAGCAUCAUCAUGGUGGUAAUUCUGGCUACAAAUGCAGAUGAUUACGAGGAUGCAGAAAAUCUCCAUUAUGCUGCUUUAAGCAGUAGAAAACUCAGCAGAUCGAGAGGGAAGAGGGACGCCACCAGUGAAGUUGUGUACUCCAGUGUUGGGCCUCCGAACUGAAGUUGCUUCUUUGUGUUGUUAGGCUAACGCAAUGGUUCCCAAA